AUCACAUUACUAACACCGAUAAUAAUUAUCGGCAUGCAACAGUUUAGUCAGCAAUUGAAUGAAUCAUUCGCAUUCAUGAUGCUCAUCCCAUAUUAUACAUCAUAUCCAAAGAGAUAUAGUUUCUUUUUAACAAUUACAUAACAGGUAAAACUAUUAUACCGACGAUUAACAAUGCAUAUUCACAGAUAUUAGUAUAAAAAUGAACGAAAUAAAAAACAUAAGAAUUAGUACGUUCACGUGUUAAUUGUUUAAUAUCACUACAAGUUCAUCCUAAUUUUUGGAGGAAAAAAAAACUAAUAAAGAACAUGAGACAUAGUGUGUAGUUUAGCAAGUAUAGUUCGACAUCGCCCAGACACGAGAAUACUGUGCUGAACGUUUGGUGGGAGAGACAGAUUAGAAAAGGAUCGUAUACGAGACAGAUAAGAGAGAAAGAGAAAGAAAGAGAGAUGGAUGUUAGAAGAGCAGAGAGGGAGAAAUAUAAUGGGCUUCGUGCGUCUCCGACGAAGGGUAGACUUUCAGUAUUGCAUUCGAUCUUGGUCGAAUCGGUUGUGCUACUUAUUUUUACAGUUAUUGUUGUUGUUCUUAUCCGAGGUUUCUUUUUUUUCCUUUUAUGCUUCCUUUUUUUCGUAGCAACGUUAACUCUUUUAUCGCGUGUAACUAAGGAAACCAAAGUGUGAUAAGGAAUGGUGUAGUUUUUUUUAAUUAGUUACAUCCAAUAUCUAAAAAAGAAAAAGGAAUACUAUCUGAUCAUGCACACGUCACAUAGAUCAGAACACCGAGUAUAUGUCUCUUGAUAUCAAAUUGAACUAUUUGACCGUAUCUCUCUUUCUUCUUUCGAUGCAAGGAACGAAGUGAGAAGGAUCGGUGAAGAGGAGGCAACCAACGGUCAAGGGGAAAAGAGAGAAAAGGAGUUGUGACAGAGCCAACACAAGCAUCCAUUAGGUGUGUGUGUGUAUGGGUCUCUGACCCACGAUGACGAUAUAUACCUGCUGACUGAGAGAAUAAUGCUUAACUUUCACUAUGUCUCUUCUGACUGGACACAUUUUUGUUCCUCUUUUUCUUCUUUUUUUUUUUCCCCUGUUUACUGCCACGUUAUAUUUUCGAACGAACGUUUUAAUCAAUUUUCCAUUAUUCGAAGAAUAAUUUCCUCCUCCGUUCUAUUAUCUUUCGUCCGAGUUUCUUUGUUCUCUCAUUUCGCAUCAGCUGUGUGUGAAUCAGUGGCUGUUAUAUAGUAUAAUUUCAAAGUUUAAAAGGACACUCAUCUAUGACGUUCAAUCUUUUAUUAGAAUUUUAUUGAAAGUUCCCGAUUAACAUAGCAUAAAUUGUCGGAUUUUAUAUUCGUGAUUGGUUAGACGUGUACGUGAUUAUUUUAUUUUGCUAGAUCUUCUUUUUAUAGUUACAUUUACAAGGACGAUCACGUCUAAAUAUAUAUAAAUAUUUUGGCUGUUUGACCAUAAAUCGCCAUAUUGUUCCUUUACAUUCAUUCGAGGAACGUAGUAGUAUGAAUAAUGUUAUUCGUUUUGAACGCGUGUCCUUCGAAUGCGUUGUAAUGCAUUUCAAGUUGCAUCGAGUAUCGAGUAUGGAUCAAUGAUCGACGUUUCGGUAAAUAUUUGUGGAACGUGUAUCAACAGCUGUACCAAGAUAACGCUCGAGAAUUACUAGAAAUGCAAUCGUUAAAACCUUUUUAUUAUUAAUUCGAAAAAUCAAUUUCUUGACGAGUCUUCGGAAUAUGAUUCACGGUAACCACAAUAACAGAAGAGAAUCCUAAUAUUAUAAUUAUUUUUCUUUAAUACGCAAUGAAACGUCGACCGAUAGUCGAAAGAUACAACUUAAAACCGAGGUAGAGAAUAUAUAAAUACACAGUGUUCUAUCCUCGGAUUCGAUAAGCAUGUUUUAAACAGGAAAUGUUGCCUAUCGGAUUGCAAAAGAGUGACUCACGUUUCACGUACCACAGAAUACAACAGUUACUCCAAUUUAUUACUUUCUAUCUCCUCAUCUCUGCGAUCAGAUCGAAACUAUUCUUCGCAUAAAUUAAGCUCAUAACUCUUUAUUAGGGAAAAUUAGGGCUUUUAUUAGGGGAAAUCAAUACCACAUGGUAAUAAUAAUAAUAAGGAGAAGAAGAAGCGCUGGUGUAUCUUGAGAUAUUAAACUAUGAAUUGAUUUUGUUGCUAUACGGAUGAAUGAUAAAAGAGAAAAAGAGAUGGAGGCUAAACCGAUACCAAAACCAAGGUCAAUAAUGGCCGAACAUCCUGUACCGGCACCUAGAAAAAUAGCACCACCUGUUUUACCAUUACCAUCGCCGCCAACGCCAACGCGUAGCAAAAGUCCUAGCGAAUCGAGUCAAUCGGAAAAAAGCGGUGACGAGAAUAAAUCGACGACCAGUACGGAAACACGGAAUUCAAGCGAAUUUUUUCGUCAAUUGAGUACGAGUUCUCGCCAAUUGAAAGAUGAAAUCUCAGAGAAGAUGUCAUUAAAGGGACGUGCCGUUAUUUCUAGUACCAAGAACGCUAGUAUACGUCUUGAGAAAUCGGUGAAAAAUCUUUUAACGCGAAGAUUAACUUCCCUUAAUCAGGAUGAUCUUCUACAUGACACUAAUGCCAAUUCGAAAAAGAUUGCUGACCCUGUCGAAGAUGACAGAUGCGUCUCAAUGCCUACCGAUGAUAUCUUUAGCAGUAUUACAUUUCACAGUCCGUUUAGUGGUAAUCUGCGUAGUAUCAGAAACGAGGAAGAUCUUUCCGGGCUACGACAUAGUCCACCACCACCAGUAUAUCCGCCACCCCCGCUUCCUACUGAAUCUAUCUACGACGAAUUAAAUUCAUUUACAUCGACUAGCAGCAGUGGUCGUUAUGAUACUCUCAGUUCAACAAUCUCGGAAAAAGUUGAACGAGAUUUUCCCGAGUCUACUUUCAACACCUUUAAUUUUGUUCAACGCCAGGCCAGCGAUUCGGAUCAAAGUUUAAAUUUGUCCGACGUAAACGUUAGUCUUACGAGUGAUAAGUCAGACAUCGAAAGGAGAUUAUCGAGAUCAGAUUCUUGGACAUUUUAUGACACCACUCCUGCUAUUAAAUCUGAGACUAUUAAUGAACUGGAUAGGAUAUCCAGUACUGAGGAAGAAACUUUGGAACAGGCAGUGAACAUUGAUAGAACAUUUACAUCAUCUAACACCAGUCUCAUUUCAUUACAAAAUUCUAUUUAUGAAAAUUGCAUAUCACCAAAGAGUAAAGAUGAUCAAAUGUUGCAACCAAUGUUCUCGGACGUAAGACAAAAAAGUAGUAAUAAAUCUUUACUCUUCGAAUUCGAUCCAUUUGCUAAGACAUCCGAAGAAAACGUUUAUAAUAAUUUUGAAAACAACGAUUUGAUGUUAUUGGAAGCACUUUUAGCAACUAACGAUUCUUCCAGUAAUGCUGGAAGUACUUUAGACUUGCACGAAGAUAACGAAGACGAGGAACCUACGGAAUUGGAAGAAAAAAAAUUGCAAGACUCUAUGACACCACCUGAACCACCUAAAAGAUUCGAUUCUCUUCCGAAAAACGAAUACGACGAGGUUGAAAUAGGUAAAAAUCCAGCACUGUUACCAAAACUUACUCAAAUGACAAGAAGAAAACAGCCAGCUGUACCACCUAGAAAAUCAUCGACAAAAAUUCCUAUCGAUCCUUCAACAACGAGUGCUCAAUCUAAAACAACAGAAUCUACGAUGGCUACAGGGAAACUCGUCGAUGAGACCACAUCUAAUUCUUUUCCCAUAGUUAAAACAACAACCGAUGAUACCAAGAAAAUCAGUGUUAUUCAAAAACUGAAAAAGUUGAGUCAAGAUUCAACGGCUCAUGUGAUCAAACCUAACGUGAUGAAUUUUGUUAGAAGUAGUAGUAAAUUGUUAUCUAGAAAUCGUGAUCAGGAUAGUUCUAGUGAUCAUAGUUUAAGACAAAUGAAAAUGGAUAGACCUAAGUAUAAACUUUCUCAAUGUGCUUCCACUCAUAGAGGGAUUGUUUAUAAAACUGGAGUUGGUAUAGAAAGAGCGAAAGAUUUAGUUCAAAGAGCUGCUGUUUUAACCGAUCAAAAGUUAUUUUUUUAUACUGAUAAGAGUAUGUCUACGCUGAAAGAAACUAUUCAUCUUGAAACUAUUUAUAGUAUUCAUCUUUUGCAAGAUGUUAAAAUAGUCGAUGGUGAAACAGUACACUGUAUAGCGAUCAGUGGUGAAACUAGGCCCAAUAUAUAUAUCUUCUAUGCAAAAGGUAUAUCAGAGAGAAGAAUCUGGGCUCAAAAAAUCUUAGAAGCAAUGACAACGGUUUUCCCUAUUAAAUACACAGCCGAUCUUACAAGAGCCGGUUGGGUUUACUUAAAGGAAGGAAUAACUGGUACAUGGUUCCCUGCUUGGGUUCUUCUCCAAAAAAGGACGUUGGUUUAUACGAAAUCUUUGGAGCCUAUAGUUUUGGAAUAUUUAGAUUUACGAAAAGCACGUUGUAUUGUGCUGCGUGAACAGGAAGGACCGAAUCUAGAUAAUAGGUGUGUUCCUGUUGUGGUUGUUGACGCUGGUGGUUCCGGUGCUUUGCAUAUAGCGGCACCCGGUACAAAAGAAGCUCCAGCAUGGAGACAUGCCUUGUAUCAAGCUGCUACUGACUGUGGUCCAGCAUUACACCAACAACAAAUUACACAAGACAAUGUUCCUGUUAUUCUCGACAAAUGCAUCAACUUUAUUUCCACGCAUGGAAUAAUGUCAGAAGGAAUUUAUCGUCGCAGUGGAUCUAGCAGCGCCGUGAUCAGAUUACUGGAAGCUUUUAGAAAAGAUGCCUGGGCUAUACAAAUUACUCGAGGAUCUUACAGCGAACACGAUGUUGCUACGGUUCUUCGAAGAUUCCUUCGAGACUUACCGGAAUCCUUAUUUCCUGCUAGUAUACACGAUUCCCUUUGUCAAAGCUCAGAGCUUACCAACGAAGAUGAAAGAAUAAAAGCCUAUAGGAAUUUAUUGACAAAGUUAGAUUCGAUAACUUCAGCAACGAUACGUCGAAUUCUCGCUCAUCUUCAUUAUCUUAGUCAACAAAGUUCUCGAAACUUAAUGACUGUUGAGAAUCUCUCGGCCAUUUGGGGGCCUACUUUAAUGCACACCGGAGAAAAUAGCGCCGAAGAUUGGAACAGAGAAGAGACUAAAGUAAUCAGCGAUUUGAUACAUUUAUUUCCAAAAUUAUAUCAAUUGUCGCAUGCCGAUUUGGCCAAGGAAGCUAAAAUCUUAGAAGUACUUGAGAAACAUCACGUUUCAAACAAUGGACUUCGUGGUGCACCGUCGGGCGAUUUAAAAAUUUGGAUAUACCUCAUUUCUAGGGAAGGAGAAUGCGUUAACGUUACCAUCGGAGCACAAAAAACGGCUUUCGAUAUCUGCCGAGAAUUAUCGGAGAAAGCUAAUCUACCUGCUCAUGAAUUAUGUUUAGAAGAAUAUGCACUUUCGGGUGCUUUGAAAAGACCACUGCAUCAUAAUGAACGGGUUUUAGAAACAGUUGCGAGAUGGGGCUAUUGGGAUCCAGACGAUAGGAAAGAUAAUAUCUUAAUUUUAAAGAAGGAUAGACUAUACAAGGAUAUUGUUCCUUUGGUCAAGCCACCCAUGACAAUAUCAGGUGAACUGAGAUUUGCGGAUGUUAAAUCAAAAAAUUUUAAAACUUAUCUAUUUGAAUUUAGUCAGGCAAAGUUGUAUUGUUACAAAGAUAAAGUUUGUUCGACUAAAUUACACGAAUGGAAAAUUGAAGAUGUUAUUUGGUAUUUGGGCCAUGAACCCAAACGUAAUCCACAAAUGGGCUGGACUAUCACAUUUAUAUUAAGAAAUAAAAAACCAACAAGAUGCAAGGAAAAUCCUUUUUUCGGUAACAUUUUAGCUGGUACGUCUAAAGACGAACAAUAUAAAUGGUUGGCUGCUAUGCUUUUUGGAGAAUUCCAAAUGAAUCUUUGCCCAUCUGCUAUAAAUUUAAUGGACAUAUAAUACGGACAACUAAUACAGAUGUUUAGAUGUUUUUAGAUUACAGGGUGUAUACAGAAAUAAUCAAUCUACUGCCAUUUCAAAUGUUUUUAAAUGAGAGCUUAGACUUUUACAAUAACAUUAUAUUAUAAAUGUAACCCGCGUGUUACAUGAGAAUUUAUAUUGAGAUAUAUUGCAUUAUUUUUUCAUAUUACAAAAGAAAAAUAGACACACACAGUAUUUACUAAUUAGGCAUUCCUUAGACAUUUUUAAGGGUUUUUUCAAUUUAUUAAACAUGUACAAAUACAUAAUGUACUUUUACGCGUAACAAGCGAAUAUAAUAGAGUUGUAUAUAUAUAUAUUGUUAUAUAUCAAAAAAAUAAUGCAAUUGUCACUGGAAUUCUUUUGUUACUUAUUUACGAUACAAAUUAACAAAUAAAUUAUUUCUAUAUUUUUCCUCUAAA